AUGGCGGAAAAACCGUCGGUGUUGAUCAUCGGCGGUCUUGGCUACAUUGGCCGGUUCCUCGCCCAGCACAUUCACAAAAGUAAUCUCGCGUCCGACGUGCGCAUCGUCGACAAGGUGCUCCCGCAGCUCGCGUGGUUGCCUUCAGAGUUUGAGGAAGCGUGUGCCGGCGCCAAGUUCGUGCAGGCAGAUGCGAGCAGAGAGCAAUCGCUCCCUAGAAUAUUCGACCGCGCGGACGGGAAACAAUUUGACUAUGUGUUCAACUGCGGUGGAGAGACUCGCUAUUCACAGGAGGAUGAGGUGUACAAGCUGCGGUCGUUUGAUUUGUCGCUGAAUGUAGGAAGGGAAGCGGCGAAGAGAGGUGUCAAGUGCUUUGUCGAGUUGAGCACGGGGAUGGUGUACAAGCCCGAUUCGUCACCGAGUAAGGAGCAGGACAAGCUGAAGCCCUGGAGCAAGAUUGCGGUUUUCAAGCUGCAGGCUGAGGAGGAGUUGGCCAAGAUUGAGGGCUUGAACCUCGUCAUUGUGCGACUUGCCCAUGUUUACGGCCCAUAUGCGUCUCAAUGGGUCGCUACAGCUCUCUGCAUGGCCAGGGUGUACAAGGCCCUCGAGUCAGAAAUGAAGUGGCUCUGGACAAAGGACCUCCGCCAAAACACAGUGCACAUUGACGAUGUCUCGAGGGCUCUGUGGGCCAUCACGGGCUGGUACACAGCUGGAAAGGCCAAGUGGGACGACGGCAAGAUGGGCAAGGUGCCAACUUUUAACGUGGUCGACAAGGGAGUGACAACUCAGGGAACCAUGGCUGAUAUUAUCGGGGAGGUGUUCGGCAUCAGCACGGGCUUCCAGGGAUCGUUGAUCAGCACAUUCGCCAAGCUCAACCUCGACAGUGUGGUGGACGAUGUCAACGAUGAGCUUUUGGGACCGUGGGCUGAUCUUCUUGCGGAAGCUGGGAUCACCAGGCCGGGACCUCUGACGCCUUUCAUGGAGAAGGAGCUAUUGAAAGAUACCGACCUGAGCAUGGACGGCUCGAGGUUAGAAGAGGUGGUUGGGUUCACGUAUGAGAAGCCCAAGAUUUCGAAGGAGCUGGUGGAGGAGGUGAUUGAGAGUUAUAAGAAGAUGAAGUGGUGGCCUUGA